AUGAAGAUGGACUCUGGGUUCCAGGACCUGAUUCUGCACCUCCUGGUUUUAUUGCUGUAUAUUCUCAAUGUGGGUGCUGGCAAUGUGCCAAUAAAUCAACAGAAAAUCCUAGCCUGUGCUGAAUGCUGCUAUCCAUAUGACUGCUGUGAUGUGUACUCCCAGGGUUUCCAUUCAGAUGGGGUGUAUUUAAUAGUCCCUGGGGGGAAGUAUUCUCAGCCUGUCCAUGUGUACUGUGACAUGACAACUCCAGGAGGACCAUGGACGGUGUUCCAGAAGCGAUUUAAUGGUUUGGUGGACUUUUACCGAGGCUGGGACGAGUAUGAGAAUGGAUUUGGUCGUGCGGAUGGCGAAUAUUGGCUGGGUUUGCGUAACAUUCAUCAGCUCACACAGAGGAAGCCAUACCGUCUUCGCGUUCAGCUGGAGGACUUUGAGAAAAAUACACGUUUUGUGACAUAUGAGUCGUUCUUUCUCUCCCAAUUCGCAAUCUAUCCCCCGGAGCAGCAGUACAAGCUUAACGUUGAUGGAUUUAAAGAGGGGGAUCCAUCAAAUCCUGUAGGGAACGCUCUAGAAUGGGCAAACAAUAUGUAUUUCUCCACUUAUGACCGUGAUAGAGACACAUACCCAGAAAGCUGUGCUGUAGUCUACCAUGGGGCGUUUUGGUACAGCGUCUGUCACAGAGCCAAUCUGAAUGGUAAAUACCUAAAUGGUAGCACUUCGGAGUAUGCCACUGGCAUGGUGUGGAGCCUAUGGAAAGGUUAUUACUAUUCCCUGAAAAGGAGCGAGAUGAAGAUGGCUUGUGUAUCUCAGUAGCCUUCUCCAAUCAACUGACUGCGAGAACUGUGAUUUAUUCUCCGAUCAACU